UGACAUUGACGGUUCAAUUUGUAAAUGGUGACGAGUGACGACGAUACUAUUUUGUAUAAGUUUUUAAGCAAUUGGGUGUAACUUAAAUAGUGAUGUGGUUAAUAACUUUUUUACAGUUUUUACUAUAGUGUACAACAUUAAACAAUAGAUUAGCAAACUGUAGUGUCGUUAAAGUAAGUCAGUUGUAGAUGAAUGUAUUGAAUUCAUAUAGGAAUUGGUGAAUCAUCAUUUAUAAAUUCUUUAGUUUGCAGCUUUAAUACACUUUACGUAAAGGAGUUUAGAGUUUUUGUCACAAUGGAGUGGUUAUUUGGUCACCGCAUGACUCCCGAGGAGAUGCUCCGUAAGAACCAACGCGCACUCAACAAGGCCAUGCGUGACCUCGACCGAGAGAGGCUCAAAAUGGAGCAGCAGGAGAAGAAAGUUAUCGCUGAUAUCAAGAAGUUGGCUAAGGAUGGACAAAUGGAUGCAGUGAAAAUAAUGGCGAAGGAUCUGGUGCGCACGCGGCGCUACGUGCGUAAGUUCAUGCUAAUGAAGGCAAACAUCCAGGCAGUGGCGCUCAAGAUCCAGACCCUCAAGUCACAGAGCACAAUGGCGCAGGCUAUGCGCGGCGUCACGCGCGCUAUGGCCACCAUGAACCGCCAGCUCAACAUGCCACAGAUACAGAGAAUAUUACAGGUAGUAUUUCCUUUUUCAUUGAUUUAAUUAAGACAAUGUAUC